UAAUAAUUUUAAAUAGUUUUCUGUUCGAAAAAGACCUACCGGAAAUGAAACGUUUAAUAUUUUCAUUCGUCUGCUGGGUUGAACUCCUAUUUGUAUCCUGCUUUCCACAUCCUAAUGAGUACAUAGUUGGAGGCGUUGAAGCUGACAUUGAAAACUUCCCCUAUCAGCUUUCGUUGAGAAUCAAUGGCAGGCAUAUGUGUGGCGGCUCUAUUAUUUCAUCAGAAUGGGCACUGACUGCUGCGCAUUGUGUUAUGUCAGCUCAAUCUUCUGACGUCUCCUUUAGAGCUGGAAGUACCAUUUCAACGUCUGGGGGAGAAUUAGUGCAAGCUACUCAAUUGUUCACUCAUCCAGAUUUCAAUCCCAGCAAUGGCGACUACGAUGUUGCUCUAGUUUCUGUUUCGAAUGCAUUUGAUGGAAACAAUAUUGGAGUAAUUACUUUACCAGCCGCUGGAACGCCUCUUCCUAUAGGCGAUGCUGCUACGAUUUCCGGAUGGGGACUGACAUCAGCUUCAGAUGCCGUAAACCCAACCGAACUCCAAUAUGUCACCGUUACGAUUCUUACUCAGUCUGAAUGUGUCCAGGAUUAUGCAGCAUUUGGAGGAGUUGACAACAUGCUGUUUUGUGCUGGUCAAACUGGACAUGAUUCCUGCCAAGGAGACAGUGGUGGUCCAAUUGUUGUCAGCAGUGUUCAAGUGGGCGUUGUUUCUGGAGGUGUCGGAUGCGCCAAUCCUAAAUAUCCUGGCUUGUAUACAAACGUAGCUGAUCCGAAAAUAAGGAAUUGGAUUACUCAAAUAGCAGGAAUUUAAUGAUUCAAAAUUUCAAGAUUAUGAUGUUUAGCGUCUAAUAAACGAAGCAUUCACCCAAUUGAUGCGGUCAA